AUGGGUGGUGGGAAAUUCGUGGAUGGGGUUCGUCGAUGGUUAAAACGCAGAGUCAUUUCAACUACUUCUACUAUAAACAAUAAUAGCAGUGGCAAUGUCAAGAACCAAAAUGAAAUUGUGAAAAGUUUUCAAGAAAAAGAAGAAGAGGGCCAUAAGAUUGUGGAAGAUUUUGAUCUUUCUGGACUUGAAGUUAUCAAAGUCCCUAAACGCGUUUAUUUUCUUGUUUCGAAUUCAUCUUCCUCCAUGGAUCCACACAGAAGGAAUGCACAGGAAACAGAAUUCUUCACAGAGUAUGGGGAAGCGAGUAGAUAUCAGGUUCUAGAAGUUAUAGGGAAAGGUAGUUAUGGUGUUGUGGGUUCUGCAGUUGAUACCCACACUGGAGAAAGGGUUGCAAUCAAGAAGAUCAAUGAUGUUUUUGAACAUGUCUCUGAUGCUACACGAAUUCUUAGAGAAAUCAAGCUUCUUCGGCUGCUUCGCCAUCCUGAUAUUGUUGAAAUAAAGCAUAUAAUGCUUCCUCCUUCUCGUAGAGAAUUUCGAGAUAUCUACGUUGUUUUUGAAUUGAUGGAAUCUGACCUUCACCAAGUGAUUAAGGCUAAUGAUGAUCUAUCACCUGAACAUUAUCAAUUUUUCCUGUAUCAGCUCCUUCGAGGCUUAAAAUACAUUCACACAGCAAAUGUGUUCCACCGAGAUUUGAAGCCAAAAAAUAUUCUUGCUAAUUCCGACUGUAAGUUAAAGAUUUGCGAUUUUGGUCUUGCCCGUGUGUCAUUUAAUGAUGCCCCAUCAGCUAUUUUUUGGACUGACUAUGUUGCAACUCGGUGGUAUCGUGCUCCAGAGCUAUGUGGAUCUUUUUUCUCUAAAUAUACUCCUGCCAUUGAUAUUUGGAGCAUCGGAUGCAUAUUUGCAGAAAUGCUUAUUGGAAAACCAUUGUUUCCUGGAAAAAAUGUGGUGCACCAAUUAGAUUUAAUGACAGAUUUGCUUGGCACUCCUCCACCUGAAGCUAUUUCAAGGAUCAGAAAUGAAAAGGCGAGAAGAUAUCUAAGCAGCAUGCGUAAGAAACAACCUGUUCCGUUCAAAGAGAAAUUUCCCAAUGCUGAUCCUUUGGCUCUUAGCUUACUAGAACAUUUGCUUGCAUUUGAUCCAAAAGAUAGAUCAACUGCCGAAGAGGCACUGGGUCAUCCUUACUUUCAUGGGUUGUCAAAUGUGGGCCGCGAGCCUUCCACUCAACCCAUAUCGAAGCUCGAGUUUGAGUUUGAGAGGAGGAAAUUGACAAAAGAUGAUGUUAGGGAGUUGAUUUAUCGAGAGAUUUUAGAGUAUCACCCUCAGAUGCUUCAGGAGCACCUGUGUGGUGGAGAUCAGACUAGUGGCUUUAUGUACCCAAGUGGUGUUGAUCGGUUCAAGCGACAGUUUGCCCAUCUCGAGGAGCAUAAUGGUAAAGGUGAAAGAAGCUCUCCACUCCAAAGGCAGCAUGCUUCAUUGCCUAGAGAACGGGUCCCUGCACCCAAAGAUGAAGCUAAUGAUCAAGAUAACAAUUUUGAAAGGCGAACUUCAGCUUCUGUUACUACGACUCUUCAGAGUCCUCCAGGCCCUGAGGGAUCCGAGCAUUUGACUGGAAAUGAACAAAAUGGAUUGAAUAAGGCAAACUACAGUGCACGUAGCUUGUUAAAGAGUGCUAGUAUUAGUGCUUCUAAAAGCAUUGGUGUUCAACCAAAAAGAGAUGCUGAGGAAGAAUUGAUUGCAGAGUACAACGAAGAGGUUGAUGGGUUGCCCCAGAAAAUCUCUAGUCUCCUUGUCUGA